AAGAAAGUGCGAAAGUAAAGAGCAAAAAUAAAAAAAAAUCCUUAUUCUCGGCUGCGUAAGAAUUCCUAUUUUUAUUGUACAACAGACUUUUGAAAUGCUUUAAUUUUGUUCUUAAGCGAAAAACAAUUUAAUAUCGUGCAUAUAAAUAUCAUCAGAUUAUCGCACUGAUCGGGAGUGGACAGGUGCUUGUUUAUUAAAAUCGGUGAAAAGUGUAGAAAGAGAAAAGUAAAUUGAAAGCAAGGAUAAGCAAAUUUUGCAAGUCGUGCUCCGCUUUUAAUUUUUCAAGUGACAUUGAAAUACUAAGAGGAAUCAUUAAUAAUAUAAUUAAUUAUAUUGAAUGAUUGGCUGGAAAGCAGCAAGAGAAGAGUGCCAAUUUACAAUAAUAAGUUACCCUACCAGCAUUUGCUGUUUUGAUAAGAGCUGUUUGUAUUUUCUCCAUAGAAUAAGGCAUUGAAUCGAUGCGAUUCAAUGGGCUCACUGAGUCACCGAACACUGCUUCAAUUCUUGGAUUCGAACGAUCUAGCUGGGCUUAAAUCCUUUCUUGGCACCCGUCAGCUGCAAGUCGACGAGCGAGAUGAUAAUGCCACUACAGUACUGAUGCUUGCCAGUGGCCGUGGCGCCACGAAUUUCGUCAAGGAAUUGAUUGCACGAGGAGCAGAUGUGCAAGCACAGGAUUUGGACAACUGGUCCGCACUACUGUUUGCGGCCAAAGCUGGUCAUGUGGAUAUCGUUGAAAUUUUGUUGGAUAAUGGUGCUGAUCUUGAACAUCGGGAUAUGGGCGGCUGGACCGCUCUUAUGUGGGGUUCCUACAAAGGACACACCGCUGUUGUUUCUUUACUUGUGCAGAAAGGAGCCGAUGUUCAAGCUCAUGGCAAUUAUCACUUAAACCCUCUGUUAUGGGCUUCGGGACGUGGUCACACCGACAUUGUAAAAGUGCUUGUCAAUACGGGAGGAGCCAAGCCCAACGUAGGGGAUAAGUAUGGAACAACUCCGUUGGUUUGGGCAUGUCGAAAAGGAAAUACAGAGAUUGUGGAUACCCUUCUGAAAGCAGGAGCCAAUGUGGAUACAGCUGGUAUGUAUUCAUGGACUCCGCUGUUGGUUGCCGUCAGUGGAGGCAAUCAGGAAUGUGUCUCAUUGUUGCUGGAACGUAAACCUAAUGUCAACGCACUGGAUAAGGAUGGAAUGACUGCACUAUCGAUAGCUUGUAGAGAAGGGCUUACUGAAGUUGCUUCUGCCUUAAUCGCUGCUGGUGCUUAUGUCAACGUUCAGGACCGUGCUGGUGAUACGCCUUUGAUCAAUGCCGUUAAAGGAGGUUACCGCAGUGUGGUAGAAAUUCUACUAAAACGUCAUGUGGACGUGGACAUACAAGGAAAAGAUAGAAAGACUGCCUUAUAUACCGCUGUUGAAAAAGGACAUACAAUAUUAGUAAAACUAAUUUUACAAUCAAACCCUGACUUAGAGCUUUCAACCAAGGAUGGUGACACUUCGCUCCUGCGGGCGGUACGUAAUAGAAAUCUUGAAAUGGUGCAAAUGUUGCUGGAGAGAAAAGCAAAAGUUGGUGCAUCCGACAAACGUGGAGAUACAUGUCUUCACGUGGCGAUGAGAGCCCGUUCCAAAGCGAUCGUCGAGGCAUUGCUAAGCAAUCCGAAAUACAGUCAAUUACUGUAUCGCUCGAAUAAAGCAGGAGAAACACCGUAUGGUAUUGAUGCAAUGCAUCAGAAGACAAUUCUAGGGCAGGUUUUCGGAGCACGACGCCUUAAUGCGAAUGAAGACUCGGAGGGAAUGUUAGGCUAUGGAUUAUAUUCUUCAGCAUUAGCGGAUGUACUUAGUGAACCAACAUUGACAACUCCAAUUACCGUUGGAUUGUAUGCAAAAUGGGGAAGUGGUAAAAGCUUCCUGCUAGCUAAACUACGAGAGGAAAUGAAAAGCUUUGCUCAACAAUGGUCUGAACCACCUAUUCGGGCUCCUAUUUUGUUCUUCUUGGUUUGUCUACAUGUCGCUGUGGUUAUUGCCACAAUUGUAGGACUUGCUACCUGGAGUUACAUCUUGGGCCUUAUUACCGGAAUUUCACUGUUGCUGUUGAUCUAUUUCUUCAACUAUCUAUUCAAAUUUCUGGACAGACGCUACGAUCUUGAAUGGCUUUACAGUUUAAAUUAUGGACUAUCGAAAAAACUAGGAAGACUCCGUUUAAUACUGCAAGUUGCCUUCUGCCAUCCGCCCGGUCCGCAAAGCGAUUCUCAACCUAUGCCUGUACGAUUUCAUUUUGCUGAAGCAAGUGGUGCUGCCCCGAAUGGAGAUGCUGCCGUUGCCCUAAUGCUGGCAUCGAUUUUUGAUGCUAUCGAAGCUCACUAUGGAUCACUGGCGACUGGAUUGUAUCGUGCGUUCAGACCAAAGCCAUUGAAAGCUACCGGAGGUUGGAGGUGGCGUCGCAUGUGCUGUGUUCCUGUCGUUCUGUUAUUCGAACUAGGAAUAUUGGGAGUUGUUACAACGGCUUCUUUAUCCAUUGUUUAUACGGAAUACGGUAGCAGUGGCAGGUUGGUGGUUGAAAAAAUUAUCAUUGCAUGUUAUACAGCACAAAUUAUAAUUGUUACUUUUAGGGAUGAAAUUGCCGUCACCAUAUACAUCCUCAUUGGGUUUCUUCUAGCGGGUACGAUUGCAAAUCUUCAUGCGUGGUCAAAGCUCAUCGGAGCAUUAUUUAUGACGCAAGGAAAGCAUCUCAAACGAGCAUUCAAUAACAACGAGGCUGCACCUUUGACCGCAUUGGGGGCAGAAGUAAGCUUGAUGACGGAUAUGAUUCGCUGUUUGGAUGCAUUUACGAACCAACAGAGUCGGCUGGUUGGAGUAGUUGAUGCUUUAGAUUCUUGUGAUACGGAACGAACUUUGACUAUACUGAAUGCCAUCCAGACUCUUCUCUCAGCUCCCCAGCGACCGUUCGUUUUGCUAUUGGCAGUGGAUCCACAUGUAAUAGCCAAAGCAGCCGAGGCUAACAGUAGAAGACUAUUUACUGAGGGUGGCAUUGGAGGUCAUGAUUUCCUUAGAAAUCUUGUUCACCUUCCAGUUUAUCUACAGAAUUCGGGUUUAAGAAAAGUGCAGCGAGCUCAGAGCACAGCAAUGGCCACAUACCGCCGAGUCGUGCCAGACCUAAGCAGGGAUGACGAACCACACUUAGGCCACUCAGCUUCAGCAAGACGAUUGUCAAAUGCUUCCGAGAUCAUGUCGAGCCAAGAAAAACUUCGAGCUAUGCCAGGCACGUCGAGAGCAGGAAGCAAAAAACUACGCGUAUCGGAUUCAAUAGCUAGUUCUAUAGGAUCGAAUCUCCAUAAACUUGGACAGAAUCCACCGGUAGAUUUAUCGAAAAUUGUGUUGACUGACGACUAUUUCAGUGACGUAAAUCCUCGUAGUAUGCGAAGAUUGAUGAAUGUAAUUUACAUAACUGUGCGCCUUUUGAAAGCUUUUCAAAUUGACUUUAGUUGGUACCGGCUCAGUUCGUGGAUAAACCUUACAGAGCAGUGGCCUUUACGUGCAAGCAUGAUCGUGCUGGAGCAUGACCAAGGGGGAGAAAAUUUUGACGAUGCCAUGUCCCUACAAUCGGUUUACGAUAAAGUUCGUCCUAAAAUUGCUUGCUUGAGGGAAGCAGCAAAUUUACUGGACUUGGACAGAGACGAACGCAAACUGGAUGCGUUCUUACAGUUACACAAGUCUGAUCUACUGGUUUCUGAUUUGCGCAUAUUCUUACCUUUCACCAUCAAUCUGGACCCGUACCUCAGGAAAGUGCUGAAAGAAGAUCAACAAGCAAUGGAAGAUGAGGGCAUUAUUAUACCAAUUAAAAGCGCGAUACCCCCUAUGAAGUCCCACAGUUUUGUUCCUACUCGUCAUUCACACCAAAGUAUAAUCCAUCCAACACCUCAACACGCGACAAGUCUUCCGACGUGGACUGGCUUCUAUAACGCUCCGCCAGGCAUGCCUAUGAUGAAUUAUUAUAACCCAAAUUUAGCAUCUCUAAUGCACCCCGACAGCAGUGGCAUGAAAAAGACAGGGUCUACAAGCAUUCUUAUCGAUCACUCCACUGAUAAUCAUUCCAAUGGUGCUAGUUCGCUACCAGGAAGCUCCAAGCAGCCUUCGAAAAGCCUUCUCAGCCGCGGGUCUCCACCAUUAGAUUUCGACAUCUCCAAUAUACAACUCAAUAAGUUGACCGUCGAAGAACUUAUAGAUUUGCUCGCUAGUGUUGGUGAUCUCAAACCAGCCCUGGACAAGAUGUCGCCAGUGUUACGAGACAAUGCAAUAUCUGGCCGCGUACUGUCGUACUGCAGCUUAGAUGAACUGAAAACCGUACUAAACCUUAGCUUCGGGCAUUGGGAAAUUUUCAAAAUGCUGAUUCUGCAGUUACGUGAGAAUACUACAGUUUCCAAGAAAAGCACCAAAACCACCACGUUCGCGAAAUCCGUCGGCGAUAGUUUAGAGAUAAGCGACAGCAUGCCCACGUCAACACAAUCCCCCGCAUCGCAAUCCGUUUUCCAACCCGUUCGGCAGAAAUCCCAGAAUCUUCUGGAAAAACAGGUAACGUUAGAGGAGCAAAUGAUCUGUGGUGCCUUGCAAACCCUAAACGAAGACGCCUUCGAAGAUGUAGUUGGCAGCGAGCGGCCCAGCCCGAGUGGUGAGAUGUUUUCCCAGUACUUAGCACCUAUCCGCGAGAGCUCGGAAAUUGGUUCACCGCCGAGGCUUAGCUAUAAUUUCACUAACCCCAACUUACUAGCUCACAUGUCAGCCACCAGUGGCGAUGAUUCAUUCCAGCAACGUUCUCACCUCAGGUCUCACAGCUUGCAUGAUGAGUCGCUAUCCAGUGUUGUUAUCAUGUCGCAUCCUCCCUCGAACGUUGAUGAUACAAAAGUUUAAGCGUAUUAGUAACAUUUAUUUCUUAUUCGUUAGUACAAUUUUAUUUGAUUGAAUACACGAUCGAAGAUGCGACAAAUAUCUAAUAGUUAUACGAGAUGUGAUCUGCUUUUGUUUUCUAGGAAACUAAUAAGAAUAUUCGGAAAUGUGGCAUGGCGUCGCCUUCACACCGGUUAUAAAUAUCAUCAUGCCAAAUAGUAAACUAUACAAUUCGAAAAAUAGUACAAUAAUCUCGAACGAUUAGACGUGCAUUGAAAUUCCACACCAGUAUUUUUGCCAGCACAACCGAAUCGGAAAAUCUAUUAGAUGUUUUCGUAAUUUUCCCCCUAGGUUUCUAGAGUCCUAAACAAGAGUAACCAUUCCUCCAUUAGAUGCCAUUGAUACUGAAUGGUUUAGACUACGGAAUUAAAUUUAAAAUCCUAGUGUGAUACGAGCCUGGCGUGCAUCUAAUAAAAACGUAUUUACGAUGCAAAUUGA